UACACAUAACGAUACCGGUUAACGGUUCACCGACUCACGUCUGACAUUCUUUUAUCGCAACGGAAAUUGCGCACUUGCAUUGAUUUAAAUGUCUGGGGAUCUAUUACAAUAUACAUGUGUAGCGUAAACAUAAAUAUACUGUCAUGUUUUAAUCAUAUCUAUGUAAAAUCUAAAAUCGUGGAUUUUCCGAUUCAGGUUAUAUCGGGACGGUAACGGUAUGUUUUAAAGGAAAUAAUAAGGUAAACAAAUGGGGUCGGGAUCAAGUUCUCAAGCACCUAAACAAAAUGCGGAUACUGUUAAAAAAGAAGACAAUUUACCUGGAAGCUCCGUUCCUCCAAAGGGACUCCCGUACCAGCAAAACACCGGGAAAAGUGUCGUAGAAAAUGGAAGCAAAGAGAGCAGACGGAUCUCUUCAACAACAACAACAACAACAGUGUCUGGCGAUAAAAGGAAAACAUCCGUGUCAAAUGGUGUUAAAAGGGAAAAGACAGAUAUGCGUAAGAAAAGCGCAAAUCUACCAAAUUUGACUGUUACUGCGGAUUCCAGCGCACAUCUUCGGCGAAAUGACACGAAAAACCUUGUCCGAAAAAUGGAGAUGGGGAUGGAAGAUGAAGAUGACGUUGACAACAUACUUGGACUUGAUAGAAUGAAGACCAAACUGCAGUUAAAGAGAGAGAAAACUCGAGCGAAACUUACUCAACCGAAAGGAAAAUUCGUACAAGCUGCAAUGAAGGUGCAAAAUAAAGCCAAAAAAUACGAUGGACCUCGAACUGAUCUUGAUGAAAUAUACAUGGGGAACGUGAAUGUUGAAUGUCCGUCCACUGCAAAAGUCGUCCGAAUAUUUACAAGCAGUACAUUCACAGACACAAUGCACGAGAGGAAUACACUCAUGGAGAAUGCGUACCCAAAGUUGAAGUCCUUCUGUCAAGAGCUUGGCUAUGAGUUUCAGGUUGUCGACAUGAGAUGGGGUGUUCGGGACGAGGCGGCGGAUGAUCAUAUGACAACGGAAAUCUGCCUGAAAGAACUGGAAAUGUGCAAGAAAUUAUCAACUGGUCCAAACUUUGUCUCACUGAUGUCGCACAAGUAUGGCUACUCGGAUUUUCCAAGAUGUAUAGAUGCAGACAAAUAUGAGGAGAUGUUAGAGCAUAUAGACUCAAAGGAAAUGUUGGAGCUUUUAAACAAAUGGUAUUCUAAAGAUACGAACGCUCUACCGCCUGUGUAUGUCGUUCAUCCAAUAAGCUUCCACAUACCUGACUUUGUUAGUCAGGAUAAAGAUAAGAAAAAUGCCGCGAGAACCCAGUGGUGGUCUGAAAGCGAAGCCAUACAAGCGGCACUAGAAGAAGUAGCGCAAAAACGAUUCGACACUGAGACUGCAAGAAAGUACAUGCGUUCAGUAACGGAAACGGAAGUGUAUGGCGGUAUAAUAAACGCAGACGACAUCAACAACACGUGCAUUUGGUUGAAAAGAACGAUUGAGGAUAUCGAAACAAAAGACAGUUCCUAUAUAUUGUCACGUUACAUAGAAUGCACGUACAACAAUUCUGAAGACAAAGUGAAAAAAUCUCAAGAACUUCUGAACCAACUGAAGAACAAAAUCGAACAGAAACUUCCGGUAGAAAACAUCUUGGAUUACAAAGUUACAUGGAACAAAGAGAAAGGAAUUGAUCCAAACUCGGAAGAACACCGGAAAUAUCUUGUAAAGUUGUGUGACGAUUUCGUAUCGAAGAUGUGCUCAAUGAUUCAUGCAGCUGUCCAGGCAAAGAAGAGAGCAGAUGGACCACUCAUAGAAGAAAUAGUUCAACAUAUUCAGUUCUCUCAGGAUAAAUGUAGACAGUUUCACGGACGCGACGAUGUGUUUAAGCAAAUAAAGCGAUAUGUUCAGGGUAUGAGUAAUGAACCAAUGGUAUUAUACGGCCCGUCCGGUUGUGGAAAAACAUCCAUAAUGGCCAUGGCAGCAAAACAAUGUGCCGAAUGGACGAAUAACAAAGCUGCGGUUGUAUUCAGAUUUAUUGGGACAACACCAGAUAGUACUGAUCUCAUUAGUUUCUUGUCGAGUAUUACGUCACAGAUAAGACACGUGUAUGGUCUGGAAAUGCCGGUGUCUAAGGAUCUACGAACCCUAACGGAUGAGUUUCAGGUUUCGCUGUUUUUGGCAUCAAGCGAUCGACCACUGGUGUUGAUAUUUGACUCUUUAGACAUGAUGAAUCCUUCCCAUAAUGCAAGACAACUCUACUGGCUUCCGGCCAGGCUGAGGCCAAAUGUUAAAAUCAUCGUUUCUACUCUUCCGGACAAUCAGUUCGAGUCCUUGCCAGUAUUACAGUCAACUGUAAGAACCAAGGACAAUUUCAUACAAGUACCAGCACUGACAGUGACGGAUCUCAGUGAAAUCAUUGAUAAAUGGCUAGUAUUAAAACAACGACAACUCACGCCUGAACAGAAGAAGAUCGUAACAACCAUGUGUUCCAAAUGCCCUUUACCACUGUAUUUGAAACUGUCAUUUGACAAGGCUAGCGUUUGGACAAGCUGUUUAACCAAAGCCGUAACUGUUUUGGAACCAACCGUCCGACAAAGCAUUGACGGGUUGUUUCAGCGUCUUGAAAAACUUCACGGGCAGAUGUUUGUAUCUCGUGCGCUUGGUUAUUUGACAUUAGCACGUGCAGGUUUAACGGAAACGGAACUUGAGGACGUGUUGUCGUGCGAUGAUGAUGUAUUAAAUGACGUGUACAUGUAUUGGACGCCACCAAUUCGACGUCUUCCACCUUUAUUAUUGAUUCGUAUCCGUUCGGACUUGGCUCAGUAUUUAGUUGAUAGAAGUGCUGACGGCGUCCGUGUCAUGUCCUGGUAUCAUCGACAGUUUAUGGAAGCUGCCGAAAAUAGAUACUGCAAUGACGUCACACUUAAUGAGAAAUUACACGCUUCUCUCGCAGAUUUCUUCUCCGGAAGAUGGGCUAAUGGUCAUCAAAAACCAUACACAAGUUCAAAAGGAGAAAAAGGCACUGCCGACCGUCAUGUUGCUUUACAACCAAACAAGUUCGGUCACUCUUACAACAUUCGUAAACUAAAUAAUCUCCCCUUUCAUAGAUGCAAAGCGAAGCAGUGUGACGUUUUGAAGAAGGAAUCGCUGUGCAAUUUCGAAUUUCUUUUAGACAAAUUGAAAGCAACAUCACUGUGGAUAUUAAUGGACGAUUUUACCAUGGCCAAGGAAUAUUUUCCUCAAGAUGAAUUGCUCAACAGUAUAAAUGAUGUGUUACGCCUUGCUCAAGUUGGACUGUUGUAUGACCCACACCAAAUUGUCCCUCAGUUUCUCGGCAGGCUUCCAAACAAUAAGAGUACGGAGGAGUUUAUAAAGAAAUGCAGUGCAUUUCCUCUACCAUGCAUACUUCCAGACAAAACAAUUCUUACCCAGCCAGGCGGUCAGUUAAUACAUUCCAUGGCUGGACAUAAAGGAGAUAUAUUGUCGCUAGAUCUUACAGCAGACGGCCUUACAGCAUUGACAUGUUCUGAUGACGGAUCUAUACGAAUGUGGAACGUUGAAUCAGGCCAACAAGUGCAUCUGUUUGAUGGGCUCGGCAAAGUUUCUCGUGCACGAUUUUGUCACUAUGACAACUGUAUAUUGAUAGAUAUGAACAAGAAGCUAGCAAUCCGAUCCUCUAAAACAGGUGAAAAGGUCUUUGAUAUGAAUUCUGUAACAGACGACUGUCCGUCUUGUUUAUGUGGUGACAACAAAUCUCUUCUGGUUGUGUUCAAGGAUAACUCUGCAUUAGUUUAUGACCUUGAGGACGGUGUUCAGAAAUCCAGUGUUCAGCUCUCGGAAGAGUUUCAGUUUAAGUUCCCGGGGUUCGCUACAGGGUCAAAAAAUUUUGCUGCAGUUACCACGUCGGAUCAGAUAUAUUUAACAUUGUUUGAUCUGAAGAAGAACGAAUUUCUUCCGUUAUUUCGGGGCUUCGAGCCGUUCCAAGACCAAGAUAUUGGUGAAGAAGUCCAGUAUGAGAUUGAUGAGAUGACGAUAACAGCAGACGAGAAAUAUGUCGUCUAUAGCAACAUUUACUCCAACGAUAUUGUCUUCCUUGACUUUAGAGCAAAAAAGAAAGCCAAAAUUAUAAAAGGAAAUCCGGACGAUUACAUGCGCAGCCUUAAAUGCUCAUCAGACGGGAAAUCUCUGUACUUUGUUAAAGGUGCUUUUGUCAACUUCUUCGAGACUAAAUCGUCAAAAUCUAGUGAGGAAUUAGAACACAACGUAGACAUAAUCAGCGUCUGUACAAAUAAUAUGAAAACAAUUGUGACCACUGCUGAAGACUCAAAUGUUCGGGUAUGGGACAGAACAAAGCGGGCACAGAAAAUAAGCCAGACGCCCGGUAAAAACGCAAACAGAAUAAGGUUGUUACAAACCCAUCCAAAUGGUCGUUAUGUUAUUGGGUUUGGAUUCAGGACGAAAGAAAACGACAGCCAAUUUUUGUUUGUCUACGAUUUGCUGAAACAUUGUAUAGUUAGAGAAAAAUCAUUGGAUUGCUCAAUAUUCCAUAUGGAACUGCUCAAUGAUAAGGAACUGCUCAUAGUCCAUGAUGUCUUUCAAAAAAUCAAAACUGUCAACAUCGAAACAUUACAAGUGACCAAAGAAUUUCAAGGAUUUCUUCCAAGCAAAAACUGGAAAUUUAACUUGAUUGGAAAUAAGAACGAAGUUGCUUGCCUCAGCUGCGGACGUCAUAAUGUUAAAAUUUAUAACACGCAGACGGGAAAAACGUCUGCAAUUCUGGAAACGAGGCACCAGUCAAAACUAGACGGAUUAUGUGUGAGCAAAGAUGGAAAAACGUUGGCAACAUGGUGUGAUGAAACAGGUGACGUGUUCGUUUUCGACCUUGGAAGCAAGAAAUUACUGCAUAAGAUAAAAUCAUCCAAGACUGCGAUGUUCGAAGAGGAACAGAUAAUGUUGUCGCCGGACAGCAAGUUUCUACUUUUCAAAGUUGAAGAUGUCAUAGAAUUUGAAGAACGGAUAAUAAAUGGUGUACCUGCUAAGUCAAGAAAAGAUGAUGAAGUGAUCUAUAUAGAAGUAUGGGACCCGCAGAAAGGGGUGAAAGUGUCAGACCUGAUGGAUAUGGAAUAUUACAACAAAUACAAUAGUGAAAAAGAGAGAACAGGAAACUCCUCGUCCGUCGAUACAUUCGAAAUACUCGACAACAAAACAGUUUUAGUUGCCCACGACGAUUUUAUUCUCCGGGUAUUUGACAUCGCAUCAGGGAACAUUCUUCAUCGACUUUUUCGGUCAUACAACUUGCACUGAGAUAAUUUAUUCACCGCAAGAAUCCAUACGUUUCUCACGUUUGGUAGCUGGUCGGAGGAAAUGUCAUUACGUUUAUGGGACAAGUCAGAUUAUUCGUGUGUCGCAUCAUACACCCUUGACAAAACGGUGACAAAUCUCGGAUUUAACGGUGAUGGUAAACUUAUUGUAGCAACUAUGGGAAAGCCAGCUGAAAUAGUAACAUGGAGGUUUAACCAUUUCAAACAAGACUUGGCUAUCACGAAAAACAUUUACCAAGAAAUAUUCAAAGCUGACGGUUCAAAGGAAGAGUACCUUGAUCUUAUUCCUGAAGACGAUCCUGAAAUUGAUCCUAACGACCCUGAUAAGGACAUAGAAGAGAAUGGUUCAGACGAUGAUGAUGAUGAUUUUAUGUAGCUGAAUGUAAAUUCAACACAUUUCAGUAAUUUUUGCUUUGAAACCACGCCAAGGUUUUCAGAACAAUGGAAAAAAUGAUUUAUAUGAGGACAUGUUUACCAUUGCACGUGACACGAAGUCGUCUGUUGUUCUUUUGUCUAAUGCAUUGUCGUUUGUAACAAUGUCACCUACUACGUUUUCGUCUGCUUCAUUUCAUUCGACUACAUAAUAUUGUCUUAAGCCACAUUGUCACCUGCUAAAUUGUCGUCGCCAACGACGACAUUCGUCCACUACAUUGCCUCCAACUAGUUUGUCGUCUGCUGCAUUGUAGACGUCUUCAACUAAAUACUCAAACAAACAGAGAAGACUCGUACUGCUAAUUUAUAAAUUCAAUGGUUGUGUGUGUGAUUAAGAAAAAGCAGGAAAGAACGUUGAAUUUCUGCAAGAUUUUAUAAAGAAGUGUUUAUAAGUUGUUUUUCCCUCCUGCAUUUUUUUCUGUACAUAUUUUUGUUAUUUAUUUAAAGUUGUUGUUAUUUUUUACCCAGUACUUCAUGUUAUUAAUUAUUGAGAGUCUUCCAGUACUAACUUCGACUUAUGAAUUGUGUUAAAUAUGCUGUUUGUUAAAAUUUAUCAAAUCUUUCUAAACAAAACCAAUGCUUAAAGGCCUAUUUUGCCUCAGAAAUGCUAUCAUUUUUUUCUCAUAAACUUUAUAUUUUUGAUAUCUUAUUACAGUUUCCAUAAAUAUACUCAUUUUGCAUAAACAUAAACUAUCUUUUGCUGCUUUUGCUUUGUCAGCAAUUCGUAUAAUUAUAGUGAAAUAGUAUUUUGUUUGGAAGUCAAAAUACUAAUUUGUUUACAUUUUUCCUCAUUCAAUUAAAAUUUGUAAUUUCAGAAUUUUACAAGGGAUUUGUUGAAUUCUUGCCCCUUCUUAUAAUAAGAUAUUAUUAUCAUAACAUAUGUAAUUACUGUUACAUAUUUUGUACCUUCUAUAAGGUAAAUAAAGCAACUAUGAGAACUAUUUUAUAUUGUACAUGUACAUAUGAUGUGUUUUUGACAGUAAAAUCGUCAAUAGUUUUAUAACGUUUACACAAAUGCUGUUAUUUCCCCCCAUUUGUAUGGGUUUGUGGGUACCAGUAAAAAAUAUCACCCCGAGGAAAAUAUUGUUACCCGAGGCGUAUGAAUGUU